AUGAACAUGUUCGGUAAAAAGGAAGAAAAACAAGAAAAAGUGUAUUCUUUGCAAAAUGGGUUCCCAUACUCUCAUCACCCAUACGCUUCUCAAUAUUCAAGACCUGACGGCCCUAUCUUAUUGCAAGAUUUCCAUCUGCUGGAAAACAUUGCUAGUUUCGAUCGAGAAAGAGUUCCGGAGCGUGUGGUCCACGCAAAAGGUGGUGGCUGUAAAUUAGAGUUCGAAUUGACAGAUUCAUUGAGUGAUAUUACGUACGCCGCACCAUACCAGAACGUCGGGUAUAAAUGUCCCGGUCUUGUUCGUUUCUCGACAGUUGGUGGUGAAAGUGGUACGCCUGAUACCGCAAGAGACCCAAGAGGUGUUUCUUUCAAAUUCUACACCGAGUGGGGGAAUCAUGACUGGGUCUUUAACAAUACGCCCGUCUUCUUCAUCAGAGACGCCAUAAAGUUUCCCGUAUUUAUUCACUCUCAAAAAAGAGACCCUCAGUCUCAUCUAAACCAGUUCCAAGACACCACCAUAUAUUGGGAUUAUCUAACAAUGAACCCGGAGUCAAUCCAUCAAGUAACCUACAUGUUUGGUGAUAGAGGAACUCCUGCUUCUUGGGCCAACAUGAACGCGUACUCUGGUCACUCUUUCAUCAUGGUAAACAAGGAAGGUAAGGAUACCUAUGUGCAAUUCCACGUUUUGUCAGAUACAGGUUUUGAAACCUUGACUGGCGACAAGGCCGCAGAACUCUCAGGUUCUCACCCAGAUUAUAAUCAGGCAAAACUGUUUACUCAAAUGCAGAAUGGUGAAAAGCCAAAGUUCAAUUGUUAUGUACAAACAAUGACCCCAGAACAAGCUACUAAGUUCAGAUACUCGGUUAAUGACUUGACCAAGAUCUGGCCUCAUAAGGAAUUUCCUCUAAGGAAGUUUGGUACCAUCACUUUAACCGAAAACGUUGACAACUAUUUCCAAGAAAUUGAACAAGUGGCAUUCAGUCCAACAAAUACUUGUAUCCCAGGUAUCAAACCUUCUAACGAUUCAGUUCUCCAAGCCAGACUUUUCUCUUACCCAGACACUCAACGUCAUAGAUUGGGGGCAAAUUAUCAACAACUGCCUGUCAAUAGACCAAGGAACCUGGGCUGCCCAUACUUCAAGGGCGAUUCUGAAUACCCUGCCGAAAGAUGCCCAUUCAAAGCGGUGAACUUCCAAAGAGACGGUCCAAUGAGUUACUACAACUUCGGUCCUGAACCAAAUUAUAUUUCUAGCUUACCUAACCAAGUGUUGAAAUUCAAAAAUGAAGACAAUGAUGGAGUAUCUGAUAAAUUCAAGGGAGUUGUUCUUGAUGAAGUGUCCGAGGUUUCUGUUAGAAAGCAAGAACAAGAACAAAUCAGAAAUGAGCAUACUGUCGAUGCCAAAAUCAACCAAUAUUACUAUAUUUAUGGUAUGAGUCCACUGGAUUUUGAACAGCCAAGAGCUUUGUUCGAAAAAGUUUAUAACGACGAACAAAAGAAACUAUUUGUCCAUAAUGUUGUUUGCCAUGCUUGUAAGAUCAAAGAUCCUAACGUUAAAAAGAGAGUUACUCAAUACUUUGGUUUAUUGAACGAAGAUCUGGGUAGAGUCAUUGCGGAAGGCUUGGAAGUUCCUUGGGAGCCUGUUGACCUUGAAGGUUACGCCAAGACCUGGUCCAUUGCAAGUGCUAAUUAA